AUGAAGUAUAAGAGAGGAAGUACAGUGGAGGUAUUUUGCAACAAAUCUUGGCGUUGCGCUCGAAUAGUUUCUAGCAAAGGACACAACUACACCGUCAGUUACGAUGUGUAUCCCGGUUUUACUAGCAAAGAUGAUGUGGAACACAUAUCUGUAAAAUCUAUAAGACCUUGUCCUCCUUUGUUAGAAAGUUCAGAAUCUUGGGUUCCUGGUGAUGUGGCGGAAGUGUUUCACAAUCUUUCAUGGAAGAUGGCAAUCGUUUUGAAGGAUAUCGGUUUGGACCAGUUCAUAGUCAGAUUAGUUGGAUCAUUACAAGAGUUUGAAGUAACUAAAUCAGAACUCCGUGUGAGGCAAUCGUAUCAAAAUGGUAAAUGGAUUGUGACUGGCAAGGUUCCUAGUGAUCAUAAAGAGGCAAACGGCUCCGAGCUUUUGAAGUAUGGUACUCAAGACAACCAUCGGUUAAUGGCGUCGCGUAUUGUUUUCUCUAAAACCCGAAAACGCGCUUCACCCGGCUGUGAUUCUCAAUAUGAAAUGAAGAAAAAACGUGCACGGAAGUUAACAAUGUGUGGAAAAGAGGGCAGACAUGCCUUGGUGCAGGGAACAUCACCUGAAAAGGUGGAUGAUGUUGAAUCCUCAAGUGGUAGUUGUAGCAUUAAUAGCUAUAAACCGUAUCAUGGUUCUGGCUUUUGUGUUGAAGAUAUUGAAGAUCAUGAAAGUGAUGCGGAGUCUGUUUGUCAGUGUGGAUAUAAUGAAGAAAGUCAAAGUCAAGAAACAGAUGAAUCAGGUGAUAACAAGGCAGUGGCAGAUGAAAUUCAUAGACUGGAGUUGCAUGCCUACCGUUACACCAUGGUGUCAUUACAUGCAUCAGGACCCUUAAACUGGGAGAAAGAAACAAUGGUAACAAACCUUCGUAUAUCACUCCAUAUAUCAAAUGAUGAACAUUUGAUUAUGUUAAAAAGCUUACUUUCUGCUUCUAGUAAACAGUCUUAUUAG